CCCCAGAGCCCAUCGAUGUCGCCGCGCCUGCUCAGGGCGGUGGGCUGCGGCUCGGCGGCCGUGCUGGCCCUGCUGACCGUGGUCGUCUUCGUCCUGGUCCUGCUCCCGGCAAAGGAUGCUGUCCUUCCUACCAGAAUCAAACACGGCCUGGUGUUUGACGCUGGCUCCACACACACGUCCCUCUACAUCUACCGGUGGCGCGCGGACAAGGAGAACGGCACGGGCAUCGUGUCCCAGGUGGAGGCCUGCUCAGUGUCCGGACCCGGCAUCUCCAGCUACGCAGACAACCCCGCGGGGGCUGGCGCCAGCCUGAAGCCUUGCCUGGACAGGGCCAUGAAGAUCGUCCCGGCCGAGCAGCAGCAGGAGACCCCCACGUACCUGGGGGCCACGGCCGGCAUGCGGCUGCUGAGGGAGGAGAACAGCAGCAAGGCCGAGCAGGUCUUGGCCGAGGUGUCCAAGGCCAUUGGGGAGUACCCUGUGGAUUUCCGCGGAGCCCGGAUCCUGACGGGCAGCGAGGAGGGCUCCUUUGGCUGGAUCACUGUCAACUACCUGCUGGAGACACUGGUCAAGUUCUCGUUUGCAGAGAAAUGGGAACAUCCCCAGGACACCGAGGUUCUGGGAGCUCUGGACCUCGGCGGUGCCUCGACGCAGAUCACCUUCCAGCCCGGGGUCCCCGCGGAGGACAGGAACACGUCCGUGUUCUUCCGGCUCUACGGCACCAACUACUCCCUGUACAGCCACAGCUACCUGUGCUACGGGCAGAGCCAGGCCCUGAAGAUGCUGCUGGCAGCUCUGCACCAGGCCAGCCCGAGUAGCCAGAUCAAGCACCCCUGCUACCCCCAGGGGUACCAGGAGAACGUCACCGUGGCAGAGCUCUACGACAGCCCCUGUGUGCGUGCGCCCAGCUCAGCCAGCCCUGGCCUUGUCCUCACGGUGACGGGGACAGGGGACCCAGCCGCGUGUGACGCGGCCGUGCGGAGACUCUUCAACUUCAGCUGCGGGGCGCAGGGGCCGUGCGGCUUCAAUGGGGUCUAUCAGCCCCCCGUGCGGGGACAGUUCUUGGCCUUCUCAGGGUUUUAUCACAGCCUUCACUUUCUGAACCUGACAGGAGGGCAGUCCCUGAGCUUGGUCAAUGCCACCAUCAGGCAGAUAUGCAACAGCAGCUGGAAGCAGGUGCAGGAGCUGUUCCCCACGGCCAGCAGGACCCAGCUCCGUGACGCCUGCGCAGCCAGCUCCUACAUCCUCACCCUCCUCCUGCAAGGCUACAAAUUAAUCAUCACAACGUGGCCCAGCAUCCACUUCAUCCAGCAGGUUGCUAACACAGAUGUGGGCUGGACUCUGGGCUACAUGCUCAAUCUCACCAACCUGAUCCCCUCAGAUCCUCCCAGAGCAGUCACAGAGCUCCCGAGAAGCGUCUGGAUAGCAGCCACCCUUCUGCUGGCCAUCAUGCUCAUCCUCAUCUUCUGCCUGCCUCGGGCUACGAGCAGCUGUAACAGCACUGCCUCCAGAGGCUGCCAGGCCGGGUCCUGCUGCCCCUCCUCUGCAGGGAGCUGCUUCCUGGGAAUCCCCCCUGUGUGCCCAGGAGCCACGGGCUUGUCCUGGGGGUCCCGAGUCCUGGCCUGGUGAGCUGGAGCUGGCACAGCUGGUGAAACACCCUCCCCACAGCUGUGAAACACCCUCCCCACAGCUGUGGAACAAACACCCUCCCCACAGCUGUGAAACACCUUCCCCACAGCUGUGAAACACCCUCCCCACAGCUGUGGAACAAACACCCUCCCCACAGCUGGUGAAACACCCUCCCCACAGCUGUGAAACACCCUCCCCACAGCUGUGGAACAAACACCCUCCCCACAGCUGUGAAACAAACACCCUCCCCACAGCUGUGAAACACCCCCCUCACAGCUGUGAAACACCUUCCCCACAGCUGUGUAACAAACACCCUCCCCACAGCUGUGCAACACCCUCCCCACAGCUGUGAAACACCCUCCUCACAGCUGUGAAACACCUUCCCCACAGCUGUGCAACACCCUCCCCACAGCUGUGAAACAAACACCCUCCCCACAGCUGUGAAACAAACACCCUCCCCACAGCUGUGAAACAAACACCCUCCUCACAGCUGUAAAACAAACACCCUCCUCACAGCUGUGAAACAAACACCCUCCUCACAGCUGUGCAACACCCUCCUCACAGCUGUAAAACAAACACCCUCCUCACAGCUGUGAAACAAACACCCUCCUCACAGCUGUGCAACACCCUCCUCACAGCUGUAAAACAAACACCCUCCUCACAGCUGUGAAACAAACACCCCCCCUCACAGCUGUGCAACACCCUCCUCACAGCUGUAAAACAAACACCCUCCUCACAGCUGUGAAACACCUUCUCCACAGCUGUGAAACACCUUCCCCACAGCUGUGAAACACCCCCCUCACAGCUGUGAGACAGGGCUCUGCCUAGGGCUGGGAAGCCCUGUGAGGGGGGAUGGCACAGCUCUGCCUCCUCUCCUGCAAUGAGGUUCCUCUCCAGUCCAGCUGCACCCCGUGCCCCAUGGCUCAUCCUCCCUUCCCAACACGGGGUGACUUGGGAACACUGCUGGGACAUGGCAGAGGCAGCUUCCAGGGCCCCCGUACAUUUUUGGGGAGUCCUGUUGGCAGCCAAGUGAUGGGUGAGGUGAGACACCUCCUCAGAGAAGGAAAGGCCUGUCCUUGUGCCCUGUUGGCUCCACUCCAAAGUCCAGCAGACUGCAGGGACACCUCCCAUAGAUUCACUGCCUCACCUGGGUCUCUGUCGUCACCAGCCCUUACCUGGGAGACAGAAGUAAUAAAAUAAAAUCACAACGAUUUGGAAGCAGAGUAGCAGGCAUUUCCCCA